UAGAUCACAUGGGUAAACAAAAUACAAAAAAACCAGCAUUCUUUUGAGUAUUAACGAAACUGCCAUUGAAUUAAUUUAAAAUAUUAAUUGACUAAUAUUUUCUAAAAAAGUAGAACCCCUUUGUCGACACUUCUUCUCCUUCCUAAUCUCAGUUCUCCUUUUCUCCACAUUGAACCUCCAUCUCCGACAACCUCAUCUCAGUUGCAGUCGCCUUGCGUUUCGUUACCUCCUCUCUAAGCCGGCGUCGUCCCUGCACACGAUGAACCCUAACUCCAAACCCUAACUCCAAUUUGGAUUCGUCACAUCCGCCUCAAAAUCAAAGAAAAUUGAAAAUCAAAGAAAAUUGAAACUGAAUGGCCUCAUCUUCGGGUACCAAGAAGUAUCCUCCGCGGCUUUACGAGAUUGGUAAAACGCCUAUUCAAUCUCGGAGCAUGAACCACAUUUGUUUUCUGUCCAACCUUCAAGUAAUGAAAGAGUCUGUCGGCGAAGACGUUUGGCUUGAGUUAAGAGAAUCAGCUGUAGGCGUGAUUAUCAAGCUGAAGGAGUUGGAGUACACUUGGUCUGCAAAACAUGUUCAUUAUUUUCUGGUGAAUCCAUUGGCGAUUCAGUGCAGUCAUGAAGUUUGGUCUUUGAUAGAAGACCAGCCAUUGAGGUUCUCUCUGUAUGAGUUUGAAGAUAUUACAUGGUUAAAUUGUGAUCCCUUUGACACGCAAGAACAAUGGGAUGUGGCUCAUGAAGACUUUUGGGUGGAGAUGAAAGUUCCAAUUUCUGAAGGACCCAAGUUGAAUGAACUUCAAGCCCUUUUUCCGAUCAUCAGAAAUUGGCCUAGAGAGAAGCGUGUAAUGGUUGGCUUGUUGUGUCUACUAUCCAUUGGCAUAUUUGGCAUUUCAAGCAAUAGUAGAAUACCUCUGCAUUUGGCGAAAAGGGUGAUGGAUCCAGCAGCUUUCGAGCGCCAUCCAUGGGGUCGUGUAGCAUUUACCAGCCUUGUGGAUUCUAUUAAAGUGGUGACAUACGAAGAAAAGAAGAGUUACACACUACAUGGCUGUGUUCAUGCAUUGCUUAUUUGGAUAUACGAGUCUGUGCCAGGUUUAGGAGAGAUAUAUGGGCAUCGGAUAGAGGAAGCUGAGGUUCCGCUUCUGUCAUGGCAUGGUUCUCGUCAGCGUAUCAACUUCCCAAACUUCUGUGCACAAGAAAAGAAAAAAUAUCAGAAGAUUCGUGUAAGGCAUAUGAUUGUAAAGGCAAUGGAGGAUAGAUAUCCGAAAUGGGGCGAAGAUAAACCGCCUGAUGAUUUGGAUAACAUGAUAGUUGACAUCCUCAAUGAUCAGCUAAACGACAAGUUUUGGGAUGUAGUGCCACUUACCAAGUGCCAGAAGAGAAAAACUCAAGUCAGUGCACCUAGUGUUCCCGAAAGAGUGGAUACGAGCCCCUCCACAAAACGAAGGAAGGAGAAAGAAACUGCACCAGAAAUGGAAGAAUCUCAUACUGAUAUGCCAUCAACAACAGCAUCAUACAAAAGUUGGUUGAGGCUGUUAACAACUUGUCUGGAAGAGUAGAAACCAUGGAUGUUAGUGUAGCUGAAAGGGUUACUAAGACAUUGGAAGCUUCUGUACAAGCUCAGGUGGAAGCUAGAAUGGCUUUAUUUGAGACUGAGAUGAAGAACAAGAUGGCCAUAUUAGAGGAAGACAUAAAUGUUCUUAAAGGGAAGGAUGAAGAAAAAGUUACAUCCAAUGCCGGCAACUCCAAAGCACAUGAAGACGACGGACGCUUGUAGCAACACGAUGUCCUGGAUGGUUCAGACAAAAAAAGGUUCAGUUGAUGGUUUACCAAUACAACGUGUCGUAAAAAAGGAGAAGAAGAUUAACAAGACGAUGCCAGGGAAAAAAGUGAAGAUAGAGAAACCCUUUUCUAUCCCACAGCUAAAUGACCAAUCCAUUUCUACAGAGGAUUGGGAAAAUCAUCUAAAAUGGCAGAAAAGUGUAAAGUGUAGACUGACGUUGGAAGCACUAGCUUCAAUGUUAAAUCUUAGUAUACUAGCAAAUAGUCUAACAAAAACACAUAACCUGAUUCAAAAUAUAUUACCUCCAACACCUUCUCUACACCUCGAGUAAGAGAGGUUUUCAUCAACUCAGCGUCAUGCUUUCUUGUUGCAAACCAGCGUGUCAUCAUUAAUCUGAUCGACUCUAGAAGGUGAACAAUUGGCAAGCUUCUAGCACCGGACAAAGCUCUGUUUAUGGAUUCAGCUAUGUUACUUGUAAGGAGGUUAUAUCUAUCACCUUUAAAAUGAGCUCGUGCCCACUUACGUACAUCAGCACGUUCCAGAUAUGCAUGCAAAGCUGGGUUUAACUCUUUGAUUGUCUCGAAGGUUGCUUGAAAAUCAGUUAACCUAAAAGAGUUUGCAGCUUUUUUGACCAAUCCAAACAAAUCACGCCCUCUGUAUCGUAACGAGAUGUUUUUAUAUAAGUGGUACGUGCAAAUUCCCCUGCUUGCCAAUGGAUAGACCACUGCAAUAGCUUUCCCUAUUGACUGGUGCCUGUCAGAGAUUAAUGCCAAUCCUUCAUCAUCGGGGAUCACACGGCUGAGUUGGCGGAAAAACCAUGUCCAUGAUUCAUCAUUCUCUGUGUCAACCACAGCAAACGCAAUUGGAAAGAUUUGAAAAUUACCAUCCUGGGAGGUUGCAAUCAGAAGCGUUCCUUUGUAUUUCCCUUGCAAAAAUGUUCCAUCAACCACGACAACCUUCCUCAUAUAUGGAAAUCCAGCAAUGCUAGCGCCGAAUGCAAGGAAUAAGUACUUAAAUCUGUUGUUUGUAUCAACUUCCAGUCGAGUUAAAUCCCUGGAUUUGACAUUCUAAUCAUGUGCAGGUAAGUAGGUAAUUCCUCAUAUCCACUCUCUGCUGAACCCAUUACGAGAUCUCUAGCAACUAUAAGUGUACGAUGAGAUUUCCAGUAAUCCAUCUGCAAUAAACAAUAAACAAUAAACAAUAACCCAUUUAAAAGGAAGUAAAGGCUGGAGAAGAGACUAUAUUUGAAGCACAAGUUUAUUCAACCUUGAUUCCGAAGCUCAUGUUCAUAGCACUAGAAACAUGACGUGGCAAAAUUGAUGGAUCAACCCCACCAAUAUAGUCUUUGUACAAGAGUCCAAGAAUCUCAGGAGUAGCUUGUCGGGAACGAGAUGAGCGUUCUGUUAUGGAGCAGGUAUGUUCAUCUACAAAUACUCGGACUGUAAACUUGAAAGAGUUACCUACUGGCGUAGCUCUUAGCUUCGAUGUACAUCCUUUUAGCCAACAUUUUACAAAGAGCAGUGUUCGCGUUGAUGCAAUGACAUCAAAAUCAAACUUGUGGACAACUGAACAUAUCUUCAGACGUGUCUCCAAUGCAUCUUUUGAAUCGUAACUCUGCCCCACGUCAAAUUUGAAUGAGCGCAAAUCGGACAUACUCAUUGGAGAGUCUCUUUCUUCUGUCUUUCUUGCAUAAAUCAGCUUUGUAGACGAUCCAUGAACCUCUUCUACAUGGUUUGGUUGAAGCCUAUGUAGUAAAGUUUUCAUCAUCAGAUGUUGCUCCAUCAGAAUCAUCGCAGUAAUCGAAUCGAUCACCCUCUUCGUCCGUAUCUUCUUCGUCUUCAGACAACGAGUCAUCUCCAUGUAUGGGUUGUUUCUGAUCUUCACCAGCUCCUUCUCCAACAAUUUUUUUCAAUUUAAACUCCACACAUAGCCGAACGUUCUCGACUUUGCAAACACCCAAGAAUGCAUGAAACUGCCUAUCGUUUCCUAUUUUCAUAGGUGGUGUAUUGAUGCUUUGAUUGUGUAGAUUCUGCUUCGGAAAAAGGUACCUCAGUUCCAAGUCGUUUUCUGCAAAAUCAACUCCAUAAUCCUCAAAUAUGAUUUUCACAAAGUCCUCAAAUCGAGUGUCAUCAUUCGCAGAAACUAUUAUGCUACCUUGAUCAUUGUCUACUUCAAAUAACCACUUAGUUUUCUCAACUUUCCACUUCCCAGAGACGAGAAUCAUGUGAUCCAUUAUUCUCCUAUCAAUAUGAAUUAAAAGAUACCGUUGUAGAUCCCCAUGAAAGUGGAUCCAAAAUUUAUGAAUCAGAGGUAACAAGAAGAAGAAGACGACAGAGAACGUAUAACCUAAUUGGAAACGUGGUGUAAUCUGAUUCUUAACUUAAACCAACUUUUAAAAUUGUUUUAACCGGAGGUUUAACUUAAUUUAAACCGAAAACAAAUUGAUUCCAACCAAAAUUAAAAAUUCAUUUAAACCAAAAAUAAUCUAAACUGAACCAAGUUAUACCAAACCGAAAUGUUAGUGAAUUUAACCAGAAAUUCGAGUGGAUAAGUCUGCUACAAUAAGUGUGUCUUAAUCUGGUAAUUAAAAUUUGAUUUAAAAGUCUGCCGUCAAAGAUGGCAAUUUUAAAAAUCUGCCACCAAAUGAAUAUAAAAGUCAACCAGAAAUUUAAAUCGGAUAGACAUAUCUUUCAUAAAAAUUUAUGUCUAUUACUCUUAAAAAGUCGGUUGAAGGUAAUUUUAAAUCGGUCUAAAAAAUCUAACUGAUACGAUAUAAAACUGCCAAUUUUAAAAAAUCUGUCACUUCAUUCGAUAGACUAAAACAGAUAAAUCUAUUGACGACAUUAAAUCGGACAUAUAAAUCAGCCAUCUUUAAAAAAUCUGCUGUAGCUUAAAAGUCUGCUACCAGAUACACGCCAGAUAUAAAUUUAACAGCAGGUUUACGUAACAGAUUUAUAUCACAAUAGAUUUGUUUUUUUUGUCAAAUAAAUCUGCCGACGAUUUUUUUUUCAAAAUUUAAAUGGCAAUUUUGUAAUAUACCUUUCUGCUCACAACUGUAAAAAAAGACAUUUUCGGCCAUAAAAAUAUUUUAGUAAUUUUGAACUUUUAAGAUUUAUUCUAGUAAUAACUCAAGUAAUUCGACUUGUUUUAGUAAACUUCCCUAUGUUUAUAUCCCCUAAUAUCGACUCGACGAUGUUUAUAAUCAAACGAAUCUCCCUGCAGUGCAGACCGGCGAACUGAGGGGUUUCUUUCAUCCUCUAGAAAAUCUGCGUGGUCUUUUGCCGGAGAACUAAAGGUGGUUUCUUCCUCGGACGGAAGGUAAUUUCAAUCGCUCAUCUCUGUUUAGAGUUUUUAAAUCCAUGGAGAUCACUUUCGGCUAACUUUGCGAUUGCUGAUUUACAUGUUAAAUCUCAGACUUAGGCAUUAGACAUGGACGGUGAAACCGCUGUGAACGAGAAUCAAAGGGACUCGGAUAGUUUAAGCAAUCUGCCUGAUUCCUUGCUGUGCAAGAUACUCUCUGACAUCCCCACCAAGGAAUCAGUUUGCACCAGCGUUUUGUCUAAACGAUGGAGAAAUCUCUGGUUAGAUGUUCCAGCACUGGACUUAAAUUCCAGAGAAUUCCUAGAUCAACAUGUCUUUGUGAGUUUCAUGGAUAGGUUUGUGUGUUCUGAAGAUAAGCAACACUUGGAGAUAUUCAACCUGAAAUAUCAGGUGUUCUAUCAUGAUACAUCUCGUUUUAAGUCUUGGACCAGGAGUAGGGUUCGUCAUCUUGAUGCAUCUCUUUUGAAGUCUUGGAUCGAUGCUGUGGCCAGGAGUUGGGUUCGUCAUCUUGAUACAUCUCCUUUUAAGUCUUGGAUCGAUGCUGUGUCCAGGCGUAGGGUUCGUCAUCUUGAUGUUCGUAAUGAGUUGUGGUAUGAUGGGAUAGCUAAGAUGCCUCCGUCUCUCUAUUCGUGUGAGAGAUUGGUGAACUUAGAUCUCUACCGCGUGUCCUUGGAUCAUCCUGAAUCUGUAUCAUUGCCUUGUGUUAAGAUUAUGCAUCUAGAGAUGGUCAGGUACGAUGACGAUUCGACUCUGGAAACUUUGAUAUCGAGCUGUCCUCUUCUCGAGGAGUUAACCAUAUCCCGCGAUCCUUACAAUGAUUCUCUGGUGGCUGUGCGUGUGCAUUCCCAUUCGCUGAAAAGCUUCAAAAUAGUUUGUGAGCGUUGGGUAAGUGACGGUCAUGUUGUUGAAAUUGAUGCUCGAAGACUUGAGCGUAUGACUCUCAGUGAUCACAUCUCUGAGAACUUCAUAAUACACAGUAUUGGUCCCUCUGCAAAGGUACACAUUGAUGUUCUCUUUGGUGAGGAAAAUGGUGAGCCGCUGGAGACAGUUGAUUCUUCCAAGAUUACUAUGCUCGGUAAAUUUCUCACCGGGUUAUCGACAGUUAGCGAAAUGAUCAUCUCUGCUGCUACUCUGAAUGUUAUCCAUGGUUACUGUGAAAUGGAACAGCUACCUCAGUUCUCCAACUUGUCUUACUUGCAUGCUUACUUUCAUGAAACUUCGUGGAAGAUGUUGCCAACCUUCCUCAAGAGUUGCCCAAAUCUACAUUCCGUCUUCCUGGAAUAUGAACUUCUUUCAGACACGGAGCAGGUUGAUCUUUCAUCAGUGCCACAAUGUUUCCAGUCAUCUCUUGAGUUUGUUCGUUUAAAGACACAUGGUGGUUUACUCAGGGGAACAUCAAGUAAGAUGAAAUUAGCAAAGUACUUCCUAGAGAAUGCUGCAGCUCUCAGGAAACUGACUUUAAGUUCGAGCUUUUGUAACAUCAUCGACGAGAUCAAAUCGAUUCCAAGAAGCUCUACAGGGUGUGAAGUUGUCAUGAAAGAUUAGUUGAGCCACAGCUUUGUGUGUUUACGGUAUUGCCCUCGUCGUGCUUUAUUAAAGUUCACAUUUUUCUUUCUUUAUUUCGUGAUGUACGUUGUUUAUCCUUUCGUUUUUUUUUGUAACAGGCUUAUUAUCUUUUCGUUUUUCAAGUUGGAGGAAUAUACUCCUGACUCGUAUUUUGGUCACGGGUGUUAUUCAUUUUAGGUUUCUGUAUUUCUCUUUCAAAAAUAUUUAAAACUACACAAAAUCUUUAAUCCUAUCAAAAUCCAAUAACUAAAAUUAAAAUCACAAAGUUAAAUUCAAAUCCAUGAUUCCAUAAGUCUCUUUCUUGAGAACUGUCCAAAUCUAAAAUAUUUUGUCUAGUAUUUAUAUUUUUAUACUCUGAAGUAUUUUUGAAAAAAAAAAUUAUUCAGUUAAGUUUUUUAACAUUUUAAAUUUAACUUACAAACCAUUAGGAAUAUCACUUUCUGUCUAAAAUAAAGUGACAGAGUGGGUGAAAAACAUUACAAUUAAAGGAUUGUAAUUUGAUCCACAGUCAGCCGUAUAAGCUAAGGUUGAUCUGUUAAGUUCGUGUACUUUCGUAGAGUCUGUCUGGUGACCAUUUUGGAAACAAGAAGAACAAAUAGAAAAGUAACGUAGAAGAAUAAAAUUGCAAGAACGAAAAUGAAUGAUUGUUCCAUUUCAUAUUUAAUAAGGAAUAAUUUUGUUCUUUAUUUUUCUAAAAAAGAAAAAAAGUAAGGACCGAGAAAGAAAAAUUAUUCGUAAUGGUGAUUUUUUUCGUUAUGGUUUUACCCAAGACGAUGAAUGCUACGUGAACGACGUAUAAUAAAAUAAUCACUGUAUUAAACAAAGGCUGUAAUAAAUGCGGCUUAUCAAUUAGAGCAUGAUUAUUGCAAAGACCCAUAUUAGGGGUUCUUAUUAUUUUUUUUAAUGCUUUUAAGUACAAAAAAUGACUUAAGAGACAAAUUUAAGAAACCCCAAUAUUUAAUUGCUCCAUUGCAAGGUUCUUACAACAUUACUUUCACUCUUCUUGACCUGCAAAUUACGAGAACAACAUUCUUACUUGAUCUUCUUUAGCCAAUGUUGUUCCAAUGUCAAAGACGACGAAACAGAAACAAGAAAACCUCAAUAAAAUGAAUCAAUAACCAGAACUUGAAACAUGAAACAAGACAACAAGGUCUUCCCAGCAACAACAACAAAACGCGCCGUUUUGCUCUGGAGAAAAAACAGACGACUAGGGUUUUGAGAUUCGCAGUUUCGGCAUGGCUUCGCCGGCGCCGAUAGCGGUGGUUCCGAUAGGAGAUGUGGGUGUUCUGGCUUCCCAAGGAAAGGCUCCGGUCUCUUCAAAGGUGGCAACGGUUUCAGGGUCGGGUUUGGGAGGGAUGAAAGGCUCGUGGGUUGGAGCGGUUCAGGGUCAGAAAAUUCUGAAGAAAUACGAUGUUGAGGUAACGAUGAAGGAUGGUGUUGGUUCGAUCUUGGUGCCGGAGGAGAUUACGAAAGAUGUCGCUCCUUUAUGGGAGGAUUUUCUGGUUGGAAAGUUUCUCGACACCGCGCCGCACAUCGCUAAAAUUCACGCUAUUGUCAACAAGAUCUGGGCUCUGAAUGACAAGGCAAAAAUGAUUGAUGUUUUUGAAGUGGAUGCAGCUACGAUGAAGUUCAGGAUUAUGAAUCAGGCAGACAGAAAUAGGAUUCUCCGGAGAGGCAUGUGGAACCUCGCGGGCGUUCCGGUGAUUAUGACAAAGUGGUAGCCGGUGGCAGAGAGGGAAAAGGCUCCGGCGCAAUCAAUCCCAAUGUGGGUACAUCUGAAAAAUGUGCCUUUGAACUUGUUCUCCUGGCAAAGACUUAGCUUCGUCGCCAGUCCUGUUGGUAGCCCGGUGAGGCUUCACCCGGAAACAGCUCAGUGUUUGAACCUGGAGGUAGCGAAGAUCUUUGUGAAAGCUGAUCUCACUAAGGACUUGCCACGAAAGAUGAACUUUAACGUUCAGGGCCAAGACAUUUUGGUGGAGUACAUCUACCCGUGGUUGCCAGCAAAGUGUCUAAGUUGUGGGAAGUGCGGUCACAAAGUGUGCCCA